AGCACCAGUUAGCGACAAUCCUUCGUUGCCAUCGGUUUUUUUUGUGAAAUGUUUUUAUAAUAUUUGCGUCUGCUGUGUUUUCUUUAUUCUUCAAUGUUGCUGGUUAUGUGUUUAACUUAACAUUUUAUUUGGAAGAAGAUAUACUUAUCAAUUAAAACGGAGGACGGAUAUAGUUGGCGGCAAAUAUUAUGGAUUGUAUAAAAUUUCCCAACAGACGACAGGAUUUUGAUUUGAAAACCAAUGCGCCAAUUUAUUACCCGACGCAACCACCAUAUAAUCCUGAUUUUGUCAAUGAAACUGAAAUAUUGACAUCGGAAGAAAUAAUGUCUGCCUGGCUUGAGUCGCAGUAUAAUGAUAACAGCGUGUCUAAUCAUGAAGUAGAAUAUUAUGAUGAGUUGAAUGGGUGGGGGCGUCAUCGCCAGUCUCUCUAUGAAGGCGUCAACUGGCCGGUGAGUGAGUUGUGUAAAUCUCACGAUUGCACAUACCGCGCAGCGUUAACGCGUCGUUUGAAGCCUCUGUACCUAAUCAAACAUAAUUUAACUCCAUUUAAUUUUACCUAGUCUCUAUGUUUUUAGUUUUCUUUUGUUUUCAUACUAAAACGAGUGUUCCUUUGUGUUAAAAGCUUACAUUUUUGUUGCGUACAAUAAAAGGUGGAUCAAAGCGGGAAGGGUGUCCGGAAUGCAUCAGAGGUAUAUACCCCGAUCUAUUUCCGGGCGCGCGUGCCGGCCAUGUUUGCGUAGGCGCCGUUCAUUUUAAUCCAAAACAUGCGCGAGAUCGGCCGUGGGGGUUCAUUAGUAGCAGCCACCAUAGCGGCGUUGCACAAUCGCGUAGAUUCGAAAAAUUGUACUGUCAAACCGCGAGUGAGCUCCGCUGAGACGAGAAAUGUCUUACGACCAGUAACGGAGGAAGUUUUUCGUGAGGAUCUCGCACGACGUGCGUCGGACUGCAGUGAACGACCUUUAUCAACAGCGUCAGAGGCUUCUGAACGCGAUUCUGCCUCUGUUCAGUCCAGCGAGGAGCCGCCCCCACAAGAGAGUACGUAAUACACACGAACACUGGACGAGUUAGUGACGUAAUCUAUUUGCUGGAUCGUGGCCAAACCUUAAAUAGAGACGCGUUUUUGACUUGUACAGAGAGUUUGUCACGCAGUGUCAUUUGUGCGGAGCCUCAUGUCCGACCGCGAAUAUUUGACCGAACCCCUUGACGAGGGUGAGGAGCGCGUGGCGGCGGGCUACAUGCACCCCGCCGUGCGCUCCUACAUGUACUCGCCAAUGGGCGGCGAUUCCGAUAGUCCUGACGAGGCGACAGUAAAGUGCACAGCAUGGCCGGACGGCGCUAUCCCAGCUCGAGCAGAAUCCUCUUCCGACACCGAAUCAAGUUCUAGUGAAGACGAUUCCGAAGAACGAGAAUAUGAUAUGCAUUCGAAUGAUGCUGAUUACCAAACAUUGACUCCUAACAGACGAUUGGAUAAUUCUACCAGGCGUGAUGAUGAUUUUAAGUGGAUGCCAACGGGAGAAAUAGUAGGUGAACCUACGCAGCAGACAGAUAUGAAGGAAAGUGAAUAUUCAGGAGCGAGCUUGGAGAGAAGACGUCGUACGCCGGGCGAUCGUAGUGAUCGAGAUCGUAAAACUCGCUCAUCGUUAUCGGCAGCGAAGCCUCCUCAGCAUCCGUCUAGCGUCCGCGCAUCGCCUCGUCCUCGGCGCCCUCGCAACGAAGACACUCCUCCUGAAUUACAGAGGCGAUGGAAUUCCUAUGAACAUUUCCGAUGGCCUGAAGGAGGAUGGUGGCCGCCCAUGUGCUGGUGUCACGGGCCCCCGGCGCCUCCGCCAUGUUGCAUGCAUGACCGCACUUGGCCCUCACACCCUUCACUACCACCGUCACCUGCGCGGCCUUACAAGAACGACGCAGAGGAGCGAGUACGCCGGUUAGAGGCGGACAAGGAGAGCCUACAGCUGCAGGUGCAGGUGCUGUCGGAACAGAUUGCAGCACAGAACGAGAAGAUGAACGACUUGGAGCGCGCGCUCAUCGACGCACGACAGCGGCUCGACGACGCUGACCAGAGGCUACAAAAGGAAAUGCUCCAGCGUUCAUCUCUAGAAACUCAGAAACUGGAACUGCUAUCGAAAUUGAGUGAGGUUAGGCUGCGAGUAGCGGAGCGUGGUCUUCUCGAACGAUCGCCACCGCCGGAGAGCGCUGUCACACCGCUAGCAAGGCCCGCACCACCUAGGACACCGCCAGCAAACUACGGUCGUCAGAUCGAGCGCAACACACACAUGUAUUCAUCAUUGCCUCGAUCAUCGGUGCUAGCCGCGUCGGUGACGGAACGGGUCGCGUUCGCUGAGAAAGAGGAAGCUAUCCCACGCGGCAGUCCAUCGCCGUCGCUGCGGGAAGUCCGCAGUAGACUCGGCAGCGGCGGUGGUGUGCGACUGGAAGGAGAUGACGUCACGCGAGCAUCGCUGCGAGUGUCCGCACCGAGACCGAGGAUGCACCCUAUGCCUUGGCAAACGACCGAUUUGAGACAAUGGGACUGCGACACAACAUGCGGUUGGCUAGAAUCACUCGGGCUCGAAGUAUACGUUCCGGCAGCGAAGGCGUGGCUCGGCGCUACACCGGAAGCUCGCGGAGUUAUGGCGGCCGCGUCGCAGCAAACCAUAGAGAAGGAACUGGCGAUCAAGCAUCCGCUGCAUAAGAAGAAAAUAGUCUUGGCGCUAACGGAUUUAUUGGGCGGCCACGGCGAUCCGAUGCUGACGGCAGCGGGCCAAGUGGACACCGCGUGGACGCUACGUUGGUUAGAAGACGUUGGCGUUUGCGGAGCAAGAGGGGCUGCCAGCGAGGCCGCGCUCGACGGCCGCCUGCUGCACCGCCUCUCCCACCACGAGCUGCACACGCACCUGCGCGUCACCCACGCGCUACACGCGCUCGCCAUACGACGCGGCAUUCAAGUGCUAAGAGACAACAAAUUCAACCCUGAAACAAUGAUUCGGCGCGCAGCGGAAGGCGAGAUUACAGUGAUAAGUGGCAGCGACGCGGAAAGCGGGGAAGCGACUACGCCGAGCAAUGAAUUAGCGAGAUGGUCUUCACACCGCGUGAUGCAGUGGCUGAAGGAAAUAGAUCUGGCGGAGUACGCGCCCAAUUUGCGGGGAUCCGGCGUCCAUGGCGGGCUGAUGCUAUUAGAGCCGCGGUUUACGGCCGAACUAUUAGCGGCGCUGCUCAACAUCCCCGCUUCUAAGACGUUGCUACGUCGCCAUCUCACGCAAAGGUUUAACGACCUCCUUGGCCGCGACGUGAUACAACAGAAGCGGAAUGCGGAACAGACAUUAGGCUACCAGCCUUUGACUGCAACUACCAAAUAUAAGGUGCCAAAGAAGAGUCAGUUUUCGUUGAAGCGCAAGAAGAGUAAGGACGAGCUGGAUCUAGUGGACCUCGUGUGCCCGCUGCACGAUGACUCAGGUGACAUGCCCACGUCGCCAACGAUGAGAGUAAAGUCAGCACCAGCGGGCGUCGCGUCGGCUGUCUAUCCCCCGCGUGACGACACACACGCGCGAGCACACUAGCGCCGCCCAUUACCCCCCUAUACUUAGCCUACCCUUACUACAAACUACUAAGUAGGCACUUAGGCAUAGAGGUAUAAGAAUAGAGUAGGGGAGAUAUAGACUACUAAAAGUGAAAGUGUCCCUCUAAUAGAAAGAGAAAGAAAAUGAGAAACCGCUAGCUUACUCUCUCUAAUCGUGCAUGCGCAUUGGCAACCGUAAGUAUCUUACUAUUUCGAUGUUAUGCCAUUGGAUGCCAUCCGUCACAAGAGAGAGAGAUAGCUAGCGGUCUCUCAUCUUCUUUCUCUUUCUACUAGACGGACACUUUUAGAGCCGCCUUCCCCACUCUAUUCUUAAACCUCUAUGCAAUUAGGCCGUUUGGCCAUCGUGGUCGUCGCCGGAACGUCAACGAGAACAAGAUUAUUUUUGGAUGAUAUAAAGACUCAAAACAAGCACCAAAACAUAGACGUAGUUUAAAUUCAACUCAUAGUAGUAGUCGACUCUUAUAGUCAUCUUUUUUUGCAUAAUUAUGUACUAAGAAAGGGACAAAUAUAUGCGUGCGUACCGCUAUACAAACGUUAAAUUGGAUACCUUGGUUACCUUUACGAUACCGAAUCAAAAAGCGAUGUAAUAUCAAAUGCAACCUGCCAGCACGCCACUAAUACUUUUAAGUUGGGUAAUACUUUGUUUAGAAAUCUUUUCGUUAACCUAUUGUCUAUGGGAGUGUAAGCUCAAAUGUCAUAUUCUAUGCUUUAUUUCUUGUUUUAAGGGUAAACACCACAAGAUCACGUGACGGGCUAGUGGUAAACAAGCGGCUAUAGUAAUAAAUGAAUGUUUCUACCUCGGCGCCGUCAUUUCGUUCUCAUUGAUGUCCCAGUGACGGCCGCAGUUGACAAAUGCUUUUAUGUUACUCUUACUUAUGACGUCAUCGUGGCCAAGCUACCGCCCCUUUACUUACGCUACUUUCAUUGGAUUUCAUGAAGUCAUCAUGAAUAAUGGUAUAGUCAUAGGCAAAGAGCUACCAACAGACUGAGCGCCACUAGCAUCUGUCUAGAAUUUGCUACAUUCGAUUGGAUAAAACAAUCCCAAUCGUUGAGGUACCUACAUCUUCAGAUUAUCUAAACUAUCAAAUGAGGAUCAUUACUAGGUCAGCAAAUCAACUCAAAAUCAAGCUUUUAAUAAGCUUUUUAAUCGGUUCGUUCGUUGCGAUUUUAUAACUAAUUUAAUGGUGGCAUCCUUAGCUCUAUAAAUCUGCAUUCUCAACUAAAAUAGUUACUUAAUAAUAAAACUAAAGCAAAUGGUUUUGUAAGUCGGUAUUUCGAUGUGUAACGAUGACGUCAUAAACUAUAGGGACAGCAAUGAAGUUAGAAGGUAAUCAUGUGGAAAGGGGGGGGGGGUAUGGCCGCGUCUUAAGAGCUUUGGUGCUCAGAGGCUGUGCAUCUGAACCAUCACAUUACUUCGAAAAGGUAUCUUAAUUAACUAUAACAAUCACAUUUUUUACAUCCGUAUUUUACUAUAAAAAACGUCUAAUAAAAUGACAAUAUAUUUGCCGUAGUUUUUGCGAUGAACGUAAACGUAUUUAAUAUUAAAUUUUAUUCGUACACGCGGGCACGAAAUGUGCGAAAGAACUGUACUUUGAAUUAAUAGUAAACAGAACCCUAAGCCGUAGGCAGAUGUACAAAUUCGCUCAAGUUCACGCGGUACCUUUGCUACUGUGAAUCAAAGACAAAAAUACCAUGGAAAUGAAUGUCUAUAAUUUUUUUUCGGUAUACAAGGAGUUUUAUCAGUAUUAUUAGUAAUACUUUUUCGAACAUAUUGAAUUUUAUCAAACAGUUUUGGAACCAAGUUGGUGCUAAAUUUCCGCGUAACUUGAGGGUAUUUAGUCUUUCGACGGCAGAAUAUUAUCAUACGGUAUAGAUUUAAGAUAACGUCUAAUUGAAUUCGAGUCUUACUGCCAAAAACAAAAUAUUGUUUGUUAUAUAGUAGUUGAUAAUUAAGAGAUAUAAAGAGUUUAUUUAUAUUAAGUACUAUUAAAUUAUGACUUAUUAAUGUAGUUUUCUAAAGUCCAUGAGUAUAUUUUAAGUGGUCGAGGUUUAUUUAUUUACUUAACUGUUAUUUUGAGUGAGGGAGUGUGUGUUUGUAACUGAUUUCAGUAUGAGUAUAAAUAAUAUGAUUUAAUGUUCAGUAUAAUAAGUUUGAUGGGCAUUAGACAUUCCAAUGUUUUCACUUUCACUUAUUUACAUUUUCUUCUGCCUGCGAAGUAUUACCAAAAACUUUGUUGUAUAAAAUUAAACAGAUAAUAAAAAUAAAAUAAUCAACAGUACUUAGAUCAUUUUAUAAUAAGUAGCUAAACUAGAGAUUGACUGAAAGUUGACAAUAUUACUGUGGUCUCAUUUCAAUAAUGUGCUAUAAGUAUUUUACACUUUACAACGUGAAAAACAUACAACAGUGUUGAACGAUCGAGGCUAAUAGAGCAUUGUUUUAAGAGAUUCGUUAGUGUUUUGAGAGUGUAUUUACAGUAUAUCAGGAUUCUAGAAUAAUGUGUGUUGUGAUGCGCUCUAAAGGGCGUAUAGUGCUGAAUAAGGAUUUAAAGGGUUUUAUUCUUUGAUUAUAUAAACUCCUAGAUAGAGCAAUCCGAAUAAAUCACGCAAAGACAGCGGCUCAUGUUUUACGCAAAGUGUGCGUGACUCUUAUGUCAGAUUGUACCAAAGCAGUCGAAUGUGUGCGUGUGUAGCGACGAGCUUAUCUGCCAUAUGUAGUAGAUAUUUUUUGUGACGCUUCCGUGCAGUUACUACGUACGGUAUCUAGGGUGUAUAUGAUCAAAAAUUUUAUAUAAACUCGCUUAGUAAAUAAGCUAUCUUUCCUGACCAAAUAGUGUCCCAUCAGUUAGUCAUUAGUAUCGUUACGCACAUGCGUAAAACAAAUAACAUAAAAAACUUGAGCCUCGCAAUCGUUUUUAAAAUUAUUAUUUCAUUGUUAAUUUAUAAUUCAAAUUAGAUGUGGCUGAGCUCAAAUAUCUCAUUUUAUCAAGUUUUAUUAAGAACGACGAACGAAGAAGACAACACGUGAGUUUUAGCAGCAUAUUUUUUUAGUAUUUAGUAAGUCUUUCAGAGCGGCUAAAAGCCUUGUUAAACUUAGUUACAAUCAAUUACACGAGUGCGAGGUUCAUUAUGCUGUGCCUUGGGACACAUAAGGGCUAAAUCAUGUAAUGGUGUAAAUCAGUUCGAAAUUGAAUGCGAUUAUAAAAGAAAACCGCUGAAAAGGAAAGCUAUAUAAAAUAUUGUUACUAAACAAAGACGUAUUUCUCGGAUAAUUAAUAUUUAAAACAUUUACCAUAUUAUCUAAAUAUAUCUCGGCUGGGAUAUGUGUAGCUACACAUUGGUGUCGAUUAUGGCAUUAUUCUUUUAACUUAAAAUUAAAUUAAACAUAUCUCUCCUUUUCAUUCUGUAAAGAGAAUGACAAGGAUGCACUGUUGUCAAAUUUGAGUUUAGGUAGAGAAAAUCCAUGCCAGAAUCGACACCAUUGGCACAAAUAUUAAUAUUAAUGUGUAUAUUUAGAGUACCAUAAUCCUGUUCCUCACACGCUGUGCCAAACGUUAAUUAACGUAUACCCUAAAGUAAACAGACCCUUGUCUUCCAAAUAUAAUGUAUCAAUAAAAAAAGAUAUUGACUGAAUCACUCGAACCAUAUACGGACCCUUAAUGUUCAUUAUAAUCUUAAGCAUUUGUUUUGUAAACUAUCGUAGUCUGCGGUGUGUCUUUUUUCACCGCAGUCAUCGUAUUUUAUAUGAAUAAGAACAACAAAACACAUUUUGUACAAUAAUGUUUUAAAUUAGCUAUUACAAUAACUUAGUCAUAAAUAAAAAAAAUAAGUUAAUAAACACUGAAUUAACAUGAUUGUUUCAUUCUUGGUUUUCGAAUAGUAAUUGUGAUUUAGGAUAGUUUGCUUCGACGUUCUUGAGUAUCUUAAGACCUUCUGCAAAAGAAAAUGCACUUAUUGAAAGUUUCUGGCGCAGUACGACGUCCAUACUAAAGUAAGAAACCCAAAAGUGUGUUACACUUUUACGCGUUGUAAGUCUGAACCGAUUUUUAUGAAUUUUGGUAUUGAGAUAAGAGACCUCGGAAAAGAUUUAGUAUUUUAUUUAUUUAUUUAUAUCACAAAACAGAGUUACAGCAAGCAAAAUGGUAAAAGACAUUAAGAUAAACAAUUGAAAAUAAAUACUGAACUCCAAUAGUAUCUGCAAACAACAUGCUCAUACAAGUAUAUUACACAAUAACCAUACAUUAUAACAUGAAACGUAUUAACAUAGAGAUAAGAAAAGCGAGGUAACUAAUGUAACCGUGACCUUUAGCACGCCCUUUUCUUCGCAGUUCGGCGAUUCUCUCAGCUUCAUUGUCCUGUUGGAAAACUUUCUCCUUCUUUUGCGCUUCUUCUUGUGCUUGUUUCAACAACGAUUCUUCUAUAAAUGUUAAUUCUGCAAGUAUUAAGAAUGCUAAAAUCACAAUCGCUUAAAUCUAUAGCAUCCAAAGGCGUAAUUCCCUAACUGAUAUGCCAACUGCGAUACCUUUCAAUUUGACAUUUGAAAGAAUUUUCCAAUCAACCACAUAAAAAUAUGUUCACAUAGUUUCUACAAUUGAAAAGACUUUUGCAUAUAACACAACUCAAUUUACCAAACUCUAAUUCAAAAUUGUCCAAAGAGGAUUCCUUUUUGGUCUGAAAAUAACAGCCUAUAAUUUAUUCUGACGAAAUAGGAAUCUAACGAAUAUAUUCUAAAACGAAGCUUGGCAGGAUCAUACGAUCACGGGGUUUCCGAGACCCUGAGUCCAAAAACUAAAAGAAUAUAUCUACAGUGUAUAUUUGUAAUUCAGAAAAGUGUUUUUAAAAUCUUAAUAUUAACUAACUGGUGAGCCUAGAGUCCAUGCCGAUCCAAGGCCCUUCAAAGAUUUCGUCUGCCGUAGGGCGCGCUUUGGCAUCGGGUUCCAUGAGCUGCGUUACCUGCUGCUUGCAUUCAGUUGACAGCUGAUUCACUACAUUCGUGCGGAAACGCCAUUUGCGUGUUAACUGCGUAACAGAAAUAAUGUAAUGAUCUUAUAAUGAAUUUAUAUCAACUGGUAAAAAAAUAGGCUUUUACAGUUUCCGCCAUUACAUUGCAGCGGCAUUAAAACAGGUUGGGUGGCAACGCGUAUUCAACUAUAAUAUAUUCUACAUAAGGUCAUUUAUUCUUGUGUGACUAUAUAGGUACUAAGGCUCACCGCUACCGCAAUGCAGUAUGUACAGCUGCUUACCUGUUUCUCAUACAACUUUUUCACAGAGGCCUCAUUAAAUGGUAAAGCUUUAUUCAGCAUUGUAUAGAGAAUGACGCCGAUGGACCACAUAUCAGCCAUUUUAGGUAGGUAGGGCACGCCUUUAAGCACUUCCGGAGCAGCAUACGACAAUGACCCACAGUAAGUUUCGCUCAACACGUCGCGGUCCCGCUGUCGAACGUUGCGUGCAAAACCAAAGUCUGUUAUUUUCACAUUAUAAUUGGCUGUGAUCAAUACGUUUUCACAUUUCAAAUCUCUGUGCGCUAUAUUCAAUGUGUGAAUGUACUGGAUCCCGGAUAUUAUCUGUCUCAGCCAAAGUCUGCUCUGGUUCUCUGGUAUCGGUCCGUUCUGCGUUAGGAAGUCGAGCAAGUCCCCGUUUUCGGCGAAGCGCAGAAAUAUAAAGUAUUUGGCUCGGCGUUGGAAUAUGUUGGAGACGUGGACUACAUGGGGAUGAUUGAUGCGUAUGAGCACGUCAAGCUCGCGCGGUAGAAACUUUGUUAGGUAAUCGCGUGGUGCUGAUGCUGUGUCGAUAACCUUGCAAGCCAAAACUGAAUGUCGGGUCUCGUCAAUCAUGUGUGUCGCUUUAUAAACCUGUUAAUAGAAGUUUGCGCACUGGUAAUACGUAAUUACACAAUAUUAAACGUAAUAUAAUGUUUAUAUUGAAGGGUUGAUGUUUACACCGAAUGUUUUCUUAGUAUGUUCUGAAGAAUAUUUAUAUAUACUUAACAGUACAAACAAAAUUUCAGAAAAUAAAGUUACUAAACCAUUAAAACAUAUCCAAGAUAGCAGUAGAUACACAGUUACAGUGUUUUAAAAUCCGAAGUUGUUUCUUGAAAUAAGUCGUACCUUGUAGUGUCGGAGGGGAGUAUGCUAUUAGCUUUAUUUCAUAAAACAUAUGAUAGAUCGCUACGUUAGUAAAAUGGGAAUAGGUAAUGAAGUUUAAACAGAUGUUACUAUUAAUAAUAAUGCCUACCUUAGCAUAAGACCCUUGACCGAUGCUUUUUUCUAAUAUGAAACCCCUUUCUUCCAAUACGAUUAAAUCAGAUGGUGUAGCACAGAGAUCUACUUUUUCGGUCAUCGGGUCUAUUUGCAUGUUUCCGUUUAUUUCAUUUUUACUUUCGUCGGUACCAUAGCUGAUUGCAUAUGGCUUAUUUUAAAGGUAAUGGUUGAAAUUGGUGAUCAUCUUGUUGAUUUAUUUCUGUUUACAUCUUGGGAAUUUGAUUUCUGUAACUGUCACUUUCUAAUUUCUUUUUGUCUGUCAUCUCUGUAAAGAUGUCAAAGAUAAUAGAACCUUCCCAUUUAUAAAGUUUUGAUCUAAAAAGUUUUAGAGAAGAGUCAUAUUAGGGGAGAGGGUAGCCCAAGCGGGAAUAAAGGCGUUUACUCGAGCGCGGCAGAAUAAUAAAACCUUGCACCUUGUGAAGUACUCCCACUAUACCUGAGCGUUUUAUAUGCGGUACCAUACUAGAAUCUGCUGGAACUUUUGAGAUAUCAGCUUUGUCAAAACGGCGGCUUUUAAAUCUCAUAUUUUCUUUUAUAAAAAGUAACUAUUUCAUCUUUCAUGCAAAAGGGUGGUACAGUGGUCAGUUUGAUUCUAAACCGACUCGGUUAAAAGUUCUAAAUAGUAAUUAUGAAACUAUAACUAAUAAUAAGUAUAUUUUGUACUUGUUUUAGAAUUGGUAUAUACUUAUUUCGAACGAAAACGCAUUUAUUAAUUGUAAUAAUAAGUUUUAUUUACCAAAAACUUUUAGCAUAAAUAUGCGUCGUAAAAAGUGAUAUUAAAUAGGAAGCGUAACAGGUGUACUUAAAAAAAUUAAAUAACUGUUAUAAUGAAAUAAUUUAACUAUAUGUGCCACGUUAUUAACAAUAAAGUGAUAGCACCAACAUUACUCACCAACCAUAGAUAUCGCAGAGUACAGGGAGUAAGUUUUACAUUUUUACUUACUUAAUAAUUUAACACACUACGAAGCCGACGAAGCAUUAUUUGUUAUUGACAUAACAGUUUUAUCAGGGAGACCAUCUCCCUCUUUUUCGGGCUUUUCGGGAUCAGCAUCCUUUACAAGUUGACUUCUUUCAUCCCGUGCUUUUUUAUAUGCCAUUGUUUCUUGCGCUGACCACUCUGAAAAUUCAAAACUUUUACCAACGUAAAGUCACCUCCGUGUUUAAAGGUAAUAUCUAACGCUAAACAAUUUACCUAAUAAUCUAGAGUCCAUAGCUAUCCAUUCGCCGUUUAUAAUUUUAUCAACUUUGAUUCUGCUCAAUUGGUGUGGAUCUAACAUUGCAGUCACUAAACGUUUGCAGCUGUCAGAUAUUGUGUCUGCAUAGCGUGAACGAAACUUCCAAUUUCUGCUCAUUUGUGCUUGAUACAAUGGUUUUAUCUGCUUAUCUUCGAAAGGCAUUGCUCUGUUUAACAUAACGUAAAUGACUACUCCGAGGGACCAGAUGUCUGUGGGUUUUGGAUGGUAUGGUACACCUUGCAAUAUCUCAGGAGCAGUAUAUGACAGAGACCCGCAAAAUGUUUCACUAUAUAUAUCAUUCAUUUUCUUGUCCACACAUGAGCGGGCGAAUCCAAAAUCUGAUAGUUUUGCGUUAUGGUUAGCUGUUAGUAGAACAUUUUCGCAUUUAAUGUCUCUGUGGGCUAUUUCCAGUUCGUGCAUAUAUUGUAUUGCCAGAGCCAACUGACGUGCCCAUAUCCUGGCUUGAUCUUCUUGCACUGCUCCCUUUUGGAGUAUGUACUCUAACAAAUCUCCAUGCUCCAUAUAUCGCAUAAAUAUGAAAUAUUUGUAUCUCCGUUGAAAUAUGCUGUGAGUGUGUACCAAAUGUGGGUGGUUCAGUUUUAUGAGCAUUUCUAUUUCUCUUGGCAGAAACUUUUUGACGAAGUCUUUGGGGGCCGUAUUAGUGUCGAUAACUUUGCAUGCUAAUAUUGAAAGUUUAUCGUUUUUACUAGGAUUUCUGUACUCGGCAAGAUAAACCUACAGCAAACAUUGAAAAAUUAAGAAGUUAGUAAGUUUUAGUGACAACUACCUACUUACAUCUAUCAUAUACCUUCGCGUAUGAGCCUUCAUUAAUCUUUUUAAUCAUUUUAUAACCACGCGUAGCCAGUGUCAAUUGCUCGGAUCCGGUCAGUUUUAAGUCUUCAUCGAUGUAAAACUGCAAAAUUCUGUUUAUUACAUUUGAAAGAUAUGCUAAUUCAUACAAAAUAUUUUUACCAUUGCAAUACCUACUUUUGUCUUUCCCUCCAUUUAAUCUGGAUUCCUUUGUUUUGCAGAUAUAGUUGCAAGGGAUUUUAACAUUUCACUGGGCUGGGGAUAAAAUAGUUUUUUAAGACAUAUUAGAAGAUUGAAUAUUUGGUGUUCUAUCUUUUAGAAAAUGAUUUCCAACAGAGUUUAAGUACUUACUCUGUACCCUGAUCUUCUCUGUGGCCCGUCGAGAAUGUCCCCCUGCCUGUUUGGCGGAUUACGGUGAGAAUCAGAUAAUCUUCGACGUUCUUCUUUCGCUCUCUUUAACGCUGACGCUUCUACUGCAUUUAACGCUACGUAGAAGUAAUAUGUAGUUAAUUAUUUAAACCCUGUUAUUAAGAACAGUAUCACAAUCGAUAAUUUACGCUAAGAAAAUGCUAUUUACAUAAUGGAAAAAUAUAUCUGGGCACCAAGUUAAAAUGAAAAAGUAUACCUAGGUAUACUUAACAAAAAACUUACAAGUUAAUCUACUGUCCAUAGCAAUCCACUCGGAACCCAAAACUUGAGUAGCGGUGUGCCUUAACCCUGGAUCAGGCUCCAGCAAAUGUUUUACCACAGUUUUACACUCCAGCGACAGAAUGCUAGCGACGCGCGAUCUGAACCGAUACUUCUUGCCCAUCUGUUGUUCAUAAAGUUUUCGCAUACGCGUAUCGUCAAAUGGCAUCGAUUUAUUGAGCAUCACAAACAAAACUACUCCUAGCGACCAUAGGUCUGUCGGCUUCGGUUGAUAUGGUUUGCCUCGAAGAAUUUCAGGUGCAGCAUAGGACAUAGAACCGCAGUAAGUAUCGCUCCAAACCGGUUGGUCAUCGUCGUCUAAGCAUGACCUCGUAAACCCAAAGUCCGCUAGCUUUACAUUGUAGUUGGCUGUCAGCAAUACAUUCUCACACUUGAUGUCGCGAUGUGAAAUUUCCAAUUCGUGAAGGUACUGCAGCCCCAAAGCCAAUUGUCUCAACCACACUCUAGACUGAUUCUCAGACACAGAUCCGUUCUUCAGAAUGUACCCGAGCAAAUCACCAUUCUCUGCAAAUCUCAUGAAUAUGUAAUAUUUAGUUUUCCUCUGGAAUAUGCUAUGCGUAUGGACGAGGUGAGGGUGGCUAAGACGUAUGAGUACAUCUAUCUCACGCGGUAAGAAUUUUGCAACAAAAUCUUUGGGAGCCUUCGAUGUUUCUAUAAUCUUGCAUGCAAGCACUGUUUUUUGCGCCGGUCCUAUGAAAUCUGCUAAAUAUACCUGCGAGAGAAUUUAUACACCUAUUUACAUAGUAUAAUGCGAGUUACCAAGAGUUGUAGGUACCUGAGUCACUUCGAAGGCAAUAUCAGUAUCAAUAAAAUUUUAAAAAUUACCUAGGUACCUUAGCGUAAGCUCCUUCACCCAAAAACUUCGCCAGUUUAUAACCUUUAGAGGAUAGUGUAUUUUCUUCAGAUGGAGUAGUUUUCAAAUCGGUCAUGAUACGAACACGAAGUCGAGCACAGAGCUCUGGGACCUAUGGACAGCACCAUCCAAUAUUCUAGCGCUGAUGAUCCACUGGCACCCGGCAGAAAGUCAGGCAGCAUUUUUAAGUUUUGUAACUUUAUUGUGACAAGAAUUUUUAUACUAUUUACUUUACAUCUUGAUUACGCUUUCAUGUUGAAGUCUGUGUCAGACCUGUGACAGAUAAACUUCUAGGUUUGUGUCAGGCUGAAGGAUAGGUUUUUUUUAAGCUUUUGAUAGUGAAAAAGGUUAAAUAGAAAAUGCGGAAUUUCCAUAAUUUAUUAGGUAAAGGAAUGGCGAAAAAUCAUAAAAAGAAAUGUCUGAGAUCAGUCUUUAAUAUAAACUUUAUAACUCUCUGCAACACAUUAAUAAAUAAUUAUUAUACACUAUUCACACGUCUAUGCACCUGAGAAUAUAGUUUUUCACUUCUCCAUAACGGUAUUAAAAACUAGCAAAAUCGACACCAGAGUAAAGUAGUGAGAAAUCUCUUAAUAUAUUUUGCUUAGAAAUUCUAAACUUGUAACUGCUUUUUGCUCAGAAAUUCUCCUGCUAAAGAAAUCCUUUGCAGAAACGAAGGCGCCGGCGUAAGUAACAGCUCAUAUUUGUUCAUAUCUGGGUGAUCAGGGUACCUGUUCUCCCUUCGUAUUCUUUCCAGCAUAUGCUGAGGCUCACAUUUCGGUUUGCUUUUCCAGUCCUUAUUUAGGAACUCUUGUAUAACUUUCGGUAACAACUUGUAUGCCUCUUUUACUUUCGUAACACUCGGAGGCUGUAAUGUGUCCUGUGGCUUCUGUGCGACAAUUAUGUCAUCAACUUCCACAGUAGUAUUUGGUUCUGGUUUAGAGUUAUUCUUGUCUGUUUCUGAAACUUCCUUAUUAUCUUCUGUAUUCAGAUUACUGUUGUUAUAAUAACUGGUGAUGCGUUCCUUCACGAUACCUCUCAAAGUGGAAUCGUUAUUUUUUAUCUUUUCUCUUUCCGUCCCAUCGAUGUUGACGUAACCAGUUCUAGUUUCUGUUUUUAUGAGAACUUGAUUCUGAUCUUUCUUGUUUUCCUCCGAGACAUUUUCAGUAGUGAUAUUGCUGGUUUCGUCAAAUUUCGCUUCUGUUUGACUUUCCGUUUUGUUCGUUACAUUUAUAUUUGUCGUAGCAUCUAUCAUAGUCAUUAUUUGGAUGUUAUCCUCUUCUUCAAGAAUCUGAUAUAUUCGGUGUACUUCGCUGAUGUUUAUUCUGAAAAUAAUGACAAUAUUAGAUUAGGUAGACGGAUAAUUUGGUUCUAUAUUAU